GUGUUUGGUCUCCUGUGUGUGUGUUUGGGCUCCUGUGUGUGUGUGUUCAAACGCAGCCCCUUGUUUUGAUGAGAGAAACGGGGCUGUGGCGACAGAGUGAGGAGGAGGAGAGUACGAGAGGCGGAGCUUCUAUCCCUCCUCCAUUCAUUCUAUGUAAAUGCACUGCCGCCUGCUCGCGUCCGAUUGGUUGGCUUCCCGAACAGCUCUUCAGACAAACGAGAGAGCACAGGGAGGGAGAGAGACAUAGGAAAGGAGAGUAAUGCGGAGUGUGUGUUAUUACAGGUCCUGUUCUAAUUAAGCCGGCAGGCUGCAGUGAGACGGACGAUCAGUCUGCGCGCCCCUUUCUCUCCCUCUUACCCCUGAGGUCCCAUUGUCAUCAUUAAUGUCUAUCCCAAACUGUCCAUGAAUUAUGGAGUAGUGAAGUCUCCAUAGAAAUAGUGCCUGUGGGGAACAGAUAGACGGACGGAAGGACAGACAGAGAAAGAAAGAGGGGGAUGAAGAACACAGCUGUAAGCCGCCACUGUGCAUGCUCCUUCUUCUGCACAGCGCAGGCUCAGUGAAUGUGAGAGAGAGGGAGCGGUGUGCCCUUUGCUGAACGGAUGAAUGGGAGAGGAGCAGAGGGAGGCUGAGCUUGGAGACAACACAAGCUUCACAGAGAGAGAGAGAGAGGAAAGAAAGGCAGGGAGGACGAGAGAAGCAAGCUCGUAUACCGCUAUCACCCUAGUUACAUCAGAGCUGUACCGACUUCCACCGGCAACAAACCAACACAGGGGGACGUGAAGAGGACUGUUCUGAUCUGAGCCACAUAUAGAAGAGGAGCUGUAUAAAGUUCCCGUCUGUUCCCCGGGCUGUUGAGUUCCUGUCUUUGUACCGAGUGGCGGACAGACAGUGCCGUGCCGUGCUGGUCAUGCGUGUGGAAUGUUGCGUGGCCCCAUUGAGAAGAACAGAAAACAAACAAAUGCUGCUGAACCUUUCAAUUUCAGGAGGAAGUUACACUACAGUGUGAAUCAGGGAGGGACUAAGCGGUACUAGAAGUCAAAGGAAAGACUGUUUAGCGUUUUGCACCAACCGGCAGAAACUUCAAGACUGCCGAGGCAUGAGGCAAGCAGACGCUCUGAAAGAAAGGAGAGGUAUUUCUUCCGUCUGGACGAUGACACUGCUCUGAAAGAAAGGUGAGGUAUUUCUUCCGUCUGGACGAUGACACUGCUCUGAAAGAAUCCUGCUGGACAAGAGGAGAGAGGGACGGGAGUAUGAGCUAACUCACCCUCACUAAUCCACCCCUAAAAGGUGCCUGUUCACGUCCCCCGGAUCCUGGCGCACCUUCUCUAUCUGUCCCAAACCCCAGAGGUAGUAACCCUGUACUCCUAAAGAGGGGUGAAGCUUCCUGGAUAUAGACUCCACUGUACGACUCUACAGCAGAAGCAACAUGGACGACUCCAGUAUUCUCAGACGUAGGGGUCUGCAGAAGGAGCUCAGUCUUCCAAGGAGGGCCAGUUUCUGUCGGACCAGUAACAGGAAGAGCCUGAUUGUGACGUCCAGUACCUCUCCGACACUACCAAGACCACACUCACCACUACAUGGACACCCAGGGAGCAGCCCCCUGGACAGCCCCAGAAACUUCUCCCCCAACACGGCAGCACACUUCUCCUUCGUUCCAGCUCGCAGUCACGGGCACAGGGCUGACAGGACGGAUGGCAGACGCUGGUCUCUGGCCUCACUUCCCUCCUCUGGAUAUGGCACUAACACACCCAGCUCCACUGUCUCAUCAUCCUGUUCAUCCCAGGAGAAGCUGCACCAGCUGCCCUUCCAGCCCACGGCGGACGAGCUGCACUUCCUCACCAAGCACUUCAGCUCCGAGAGCAUCACAGACGAGGAUGAACGACACUCGCCCAUGCGCCCCCGCUCACGCAGCCUCAGCCCUGGUCGCUCACCCAUCUCUUUUGACCAUGAGGUCGUCAUGAUGAACCAUGUCUACAAGGAGCGCUUUCCCAAGGCCACGGCUCAAAUGGAGGACCGUCUGGCUGACUUCCUGUCGUCCUCGGCCCCUGACAAGGUGAUGCCCCUGGCCGACGGGGUCCUCAGCUUCAUCCAUCACCAGGUCAUAGAGCUGUCCAGAGACUGCCUGGUUAAAAGCCGAGAGGGCUGCAUCACGUCACGCUACUUUUACGAACUGCAGGAGAACCUGGAGAAACUACUGCAAGAUGCUCACGAGCGCUCGGAGAGUGUGGAGGUUACCUUCGUCACCCAGCUGGUUAGGAAGCUAAUGAUCGUCAUCGCUCGCCCUGCACGCCUGUUAGAAUGUCUGGAGUUUGACCCAGAGGAGUUCUACCAUCUUUUGGAAGCAGCAGAGGGCCAUGCCAAGGAGGGCCAGGGCAUCAAGUCAGACAUCCCCCGUUACAUCAUCAGCCAGCUGGGUCUCACCAGAGAUCCUCUGAAGGAGAUGGCGCAGCUGAGCAGCUACGACAGUGGGAACCCAGACACACCAGAGACAGACGACGCUGUGGAUAGUCGAGGGCCCACCGUGCCUGUAGUGGCUCCCCCUAAAACCAAAGCCCCACGGGAGGAGGACUUUGAGAACAUCAAGCUCAUCAGCAACGGGGCCUAUGGUGCUGUGUUUCUGGUGCGCCACAAGGAGACCCGUCAACGUUUUGCCAUGAAGAAGAUCAACAAGCAGAAUCUCAUCCUGAGGAACCAGAUCCAGCAGGCCUUUGUAGAGAGAGACAUCCUCACAUUCGCUGAGAACCCCUUCGUGGUCUCAAUGUUCUGCUCCUUCGAGACACGCAGACACCUCUGUAUGGUCAUGGAGUAUGUGGAGGGUGGUGACUGUGCCACCCUGCUGAAGAACAUCGGAGCUCUGCCCGUGGACAUGGCACGCAUGUACUUCGCUGAGACCGUACUGGCACUGGAGUACCUCCACAACUACGGCAUCGUACACAGAGACCUGAAACCUGACAAUCUUCUGAUCACGUCGAUGGGCCACAUCAAGCUGACGGACUUUGGGCUAUCUAAGAUCGGUCUGAUGAGCCUCACCACCAACCUGUAUGAAGGACACAUAGAGAAAGAUACCAGGGAGUUCCUGGAUAAACAGGUGUGUGGUACACCAGAGUACAUCGCCCCAGAGGUGAUCCUCAGACAGGGCUAUGGGAGGCCAGUAGACUGGUGGGCCAUGGGGGUCAUCCUCUACGAGUUCCUGGUGGGCUGUGCCCCUUUCUUUGGAGACACACCUGAGGAGCUCUUUGGACAGGUCAUCAGUGAUGAGAUCAUAUGGCCAGAGGAGGAGGAGGCUCUUCCUAACGAUGCCCAGGACCUCAUCUCUAAACUGCUCAGACAGAACCCUCUGGAGAGGCUGGGCACAGGUAGUGCAUUUGAGGUGAAGCAGCAUCGGUUCUUCUAUAAUCUGGACUGGAACACUCUGCUGAGACAGAAGGCAGAGUUCAUCCCUCAGCUAGAGUCAGAGGACGACACCAGCUACUUUGACACCCGUUCAGACAGGUACCACCACUUGGACUCUGAAGAUGAAGACGACACCAAUGAUGACGAACACGUAGAGAUACGUCAGUUCUCCUCCUGCUCGCCCCGCUUCAGCAAGGUGUACAGCAGUAUGGAGCGUCUAUCCCUCCAUGAGGAGAAGAGGACCCCCCCGCCCACCAAGCGCAGCCUCAGCGAGGAGGGAGGAGAACGCAUUGACAGCCUCAGUAGUCUCAAGUCCAGAGACCGCGCCUGGCUGGUGGGGUCACCUGAGAUCCUGCGUAAGCGUCUGUCUGUCUCAGAGUCGUCCCACACCGAGAGCGACUCCAGCCCUCCCCUGACGGUGCGAAGACGCUGCUGCUCUGCCAUCAUCGAGAUGCCACGCUUCGCCAUCUCCUCAGAGGAGGAAGCAGGGGUGGCCCCCAGCCAUAGGAGCUCCAGCCUGCUCAGCCAGACCCCCGGUGGAGUCAGGGGCCCCCGCAGCGAGGACCUGCCCCUCUCCAUCCCUGAGCUCCCCGUGGAGAGAGAGCUGAAACUGGACGAGUCCCCCACAACACCAGACUCUACAGCCAGCCAGCUCAGCAAAGCCACACUCACACCGGGCAGUUCAGGAGAUGUGUGGGAGCGUGGUUCAGGGGCAGACAGCUCUCCCUCUACCCCUAAGGCCAUCAGUGACCUGGCAGCUAGGAGGGCCCGUCACAGACUGUUGUCUGGAGACGCAGACAAACACGCCCAGUCCAGACCACUCAACAAGGUCAUCAAGUCAGCCUCCGCUACCACUCUCUCACUCAUGAUUCCUGCUGACCAGCACGGGGCCUCCCCAUUGGCCAGCCCCAUGUCACCCCACUCCUUCUCGUCCAAUCCCUCGUCCAGAGACUCCUCCCCCAGUAGAGACCUGUCCCCAGCCGUAGCCAACAUCAAACCCGGCAUCAUCAUCCACAAGGCGGGCAAGAAGUACGGCUUCACCCUGCGAGCCAUCAGGGUGUACAUGGGGGACACAGACAUCUACACAGUACAUCACAUGGUCUGGCAUGUAGAGGAGGGUGGUCCAGCCCAUGAUGCAGGCCUGAGAGAAGGAGACCUCAUCACUCAUGUGAAUGGAGAGGCUGUCCACGGCCUGGUGCACACUGAGGUGGUGGAACUCGUUCUCAAGAGCGGUGGUAAGGUGUCCAUCUCUGCCACGUCCUUUGAGAACACUUCCAUCAAGCUGGGCCCCGCCCGCAAGACCGGCUCCAAAUCCAAGAUGGCGCGUCGCAACAAGAAGACCAAGACCAAAGAUAGCAGCCAGGAAAGCAGUAGUAAGAAGAGGAACUCUCUGUUCAGGAAGAUCACAAAGCAGGCGUCUCUUCUCCACACCAGCCGUAGCCUCUCCUCUUUAACCCGCUCUCUGUCCUCUGGAGAGAGUGGACCUGGGUCCCCCACUCACAACCUGUCCCCUAGAUCGCCUACACAGGGUUACCGGUCCACACCUGACUCUACACACUCUGUAGGGGGUAACUCGUCUCAGAGCAGCUCUCCCAGCUCCAGUGUUCCUAACUCCCCAGCCAGCUCCGGUCACAUCAGGCCCAGCUCCCUCCACGGCCUGGCCCCCAAGCUCCAGCGCCAGUAUCGAUCCCCUCGCCGCAAGUCAGCCGGCAACAUCCCUCUAUCCCCCCUGGCCCGCACCCCUUCCCCAACCCCACAGAGCACCUCCCCCCAGCGCUCUCCCUCCCCCCUGUCCAGCCACGGACUAGGCUCCACCUCUAUGGGCCAGACCUUUCCCGUCAAGCUCCACUCUUCCCCCCCUCUGGUCAGACAGAUCUCCAGGCCCAAGAGUGCUGAACACCCCCGCUCCCCACUGCUCAAGCGAGUCCAGUCUGCUGAGAAGCUAGCCUCCUCCCUUUCCUCCUCGUCGUCCUCCCCCUCUCCAUCAGGCGCCGGAGGCGACAAGAAGCUUCCUGUAACAGUGACAGGGCGUAAACACAGCCUGGACAUCUCCCACCAGGAGUUUAAGAAGGAGAUGCUUCAGAGAGACCCCAGUCUGCAGAGUCUCCAGGAAUCAGCUGGGGAGAGAGAGAGCCUGCUGCUGGGUGUGGGGCCUGGGAUAGGGGGCCGUGGGGGUCCCGUGGAGAAGGGCAGCCUGCAAAAACCCUCCUCCAGCAGGAAGCUAGGACGUCAGGAGGGGGACGGAGGGUCGACUGCUGGGUCCCUGGGGCUGGCCCCCGGGAAGAGCAAACUGAAGGACAAGCUGUCAGCCAUCAGACAGGACCGGGCUGAGAGGAGGGAGUCACUACAGAAGCAGGAUGCUAUCCACGAGGUAGACUCAUCAGAGGACGAGACAGACGAGGGGUCGGAGGACAGUCAGGACGGGAGGGGCAGGAACACCUGCACCUUUACCCCCCCACUGCUCCGCCCCACCUCCGUCAUGCCCACCGCCCCCCGUACGGGACCCGGGGGCACCCUCCCCUCCCUCUGUCUGUCCCCCUCCUCCACCCUGCUGCCAAGCAGAGCCACCAUACCCUCCACACUCCACGAACACAAGCCCGCUCAGAGUGGUCCUUCGCUGGGAGGGAAAGACGGCUGCUCAGCCUCCUCGGAUGACUGUAGGCGUAGAGAUGGGAAGACUCCAGACCCCAGCAGCAAGUUCACCCAGAACCCCCUGUCCAGCACCUUCGCCACCCUCGGCAGUGCUUUCAUCUCCGUCAGCAAGGACACCUUCCUGAAGCCUGCUGCUUCAUCUCCACAUCAGGACUGGAGGAGCCCCAAGUUGCUUGAGCCCAGGGGGAAGAGCAGUAGUUUAUGGAGCGAGGAGAGAGACUCUGGCCUGGAGGCCCCCAGAUCCAGCCCCACUGGGUCCAUAGACGGCAGAGACCUAGUCCCCACACCCAUCUCCUCCCCAGGCAUCACCAAGGAGAGGAAGGAGGCUGACAACCGGAGACAUGCUGCCGCUGCUGCCGCUGCUGCAGCCUACGCCACCCCGGCCUACGCCACCCCCAGCCCCCCAGCCUCUCCAGCCCCAGUGUCAAGGUCAGAUAGUGGGGUGGACAAGGUGGUGUCACAUCUAGCCAAUGUAGCUCAUAGCGUCCUGGGGCCCGUCAAACUGACCAUCCCCGGGGCCAAGGAGGCCUUUGAGAGAGCCAAAGACCAGAAUCAGAGACCCUCUGACCCACCUCACCCCAAGGCCAUACCUGACUCCCCCCUCACCGCCACCACCACUCCCCUCUCCCCCUCCACCUUCAGACACCCUGCCCCUCAGCCCCCGCCCCGCCUGUCCUCCCAGUCUCCUCCCAGGCAGCCCUCCUCCAAAACUGAGCCAGCUCCCCCUCCCUCUCCACAGAGGAGGCCUUCCCCUCCUAAAGACUGUACCCUGGCCCAGGGCACCCAGGACCCCAUGGAGAGGCCAGUGGUGGUGUUAAGAGGCAGCGGGGAGACUGCACCAAGGAAGGCGCCCACCACCACACCCAACAAGACACCUACUGCAGCCUCAGAGCAGCACAAUAGGCCAGACCCCCUGGCCUCACAGAGACCCAGCCCAGCCUCCGCAGCCUCCACCCCGCAGGAUAAAACCAGCAGCAAGAAGACGUAGCAGAUAAGACAGCCAUGACAAUAGAGACUGCUUGAUGGAGAUUUGAAUCUUUAUCCACAGACAACUGCAUGUUUGAAAGAAAACAACAUUCUAAACUGUUUGCAACUCACUAAUCAUUAUCUGAGAGUAUAGCCAGAUAGUAUAGUAUAGAUAGAUGGAGGGAGAGAGAGAGAUGGAGGGAGAGGGAGAGAGAGAGAGAGAGAGAGAUGGAGGGGGAGAGAGAGAGAGAUGGAGAGAGAGAGAGAGAUGGAGGGAGAGAGAGAGAGAGAGGGAGGGAGGUGAUAGUUUGGGCACUGACUAUGUAUUCCUGUAUUCCAGAGACAUCCUGAUUGGCUGUAGAUCUCUUGUUGUUCUUAUACUCAGUUUUUUGACGUUGAUUCAUGUUCCUGUGAAGUCGGUCUGCGUUUGUUUCUCUCUCUGCAAAGAAACAUGGGGGCUAGAAAUAAACCGUGUGAGUUGACUGAUCCACACGCACUGAGGAAAGGAUUAACAAACACACACAAACACUCUAAUGCUCUUUUCUUAGUAUAAUGCCUCGUUAGCUUUCACCUUGGAAGUUCCAGUCGUCUGACAUGAGACUUUUAUCAAGCCAAUAGAUCAGGUUGUGCCUUGUAAACAAUACAGCCACCACUGCACCCCUCCUGCAUGUCUCCAGCCGUCCGUGACUGAACAGGGUGUAACUCGGCAAUAAAAGUAGCGUAUGCUUAGCAAUCAGUAUAAAUACAUUACAGUCUGUUAAUGAAACAAUGUGCAUCACCCACCUUUAACUCACUCAGCAGCCUCAGGCAAAUGGCAUUGUGUGUUAUUAUUCCCUCAUGGUCUAACGCUGCACUCUGUAUCUUUAACUGUUUAAUAGUGCAGACUAGCUAGAGAAAACCCUCUGGUCUCUAUAUAACACUCUAUUCAUGUUGUGGCUGUCAGAAUGGCUAUUCAAGCAAUGUUUGUAUUUGAAUCACAGAGCGUUCCAUGAAAAUCUCUUUCCCUAUCCGCUCCACCUGCUAUUUGUGUGCUUGUCAGUGUAGCUAGCGUAUAGAAGCUAACCCUUCCAUGGCUCUACCUGGACCGGUCAGUGUAGCUAGCGUAUAGAAGCUAACCCUUCCAUGGCUCUACCUGGACCUGUCAGUGUAGCUACUGUAGUGUAUAGAGCUGUGUGUGGCUGUACGUGUUGUGGUAGCUAGGAUACUAGCCUAGCCGUUCACCUUGUAACUGCAUGAUAGCCUCACCAGAUCUAGAUCCCUAUGUCAGGGGACAUGUUUCUAAUGAUUAAAGAAGGGUGGUUCAUAGAACAGCUUUACAUUGAGAUGGACUAUAGGUGAGAUGAGGAGGAAAGGAGGGACAGUGAUCUAGUCACAGACGACCUGGGGACACCUAAUCAAUCUGGUCCUAGUCUGGUUUGGUCAACUACACAGACAAACAGUGUUGAGAUGACAAGAGUCAAGUAGUUAAGAUGAGGUAGAUCUAUUUAUAUAUAUGGGUUUGAAUACCGGGCAGCGGAUUGUUCCUGGGGUGUUCCACUUCCUGUAGUCCACAGGGGUGGACUACUCUGCCCCUGAAACUCAAUUACCCAGACUCCUCUCAAAGUCUGAGUCAGGAAGACUGCUCACAAGUCUGUAUACGGGCUAGUUAGCAUAGGGCUGGGCAAUAUGUCGGAUUCAGUUGAUUCAUUUUAAGGUAUGCUUUAGCGCGAUGUUUCAAAUGCCUGUAUCGCAAGAAUUGAGGUUUUAAUAUUUUUAGUUUUUAUGAGCGUUUGUCUUUUUGGUCUCGUAUCCUUCCCCCCCAUGCUGUGUGUACUGUGCACCUUCCCACUUGCACACAGACACCAAGCCCCUCCCCCUGUCACUCACAACAACAAAGACUAAAGAUCACUUCCUCUCUAACAAGCCGUUUCAACUCUCCAUUUGAGGUUUGGUCUAACAGAAUGGGUCAUAUGGACACUGAAACACAUUGAGACAUUAAUUUACUGUAGUAGAGGAGAAGUUAACCCUCUGUCUCAACUUCUUAAAUUAUGCAUAGAGCAGACACUACUAAAACGAGAGUAUCAAUGAACAUCGCUUGACAGAUUGUUGAUGAGGGCUGUGUUAAUGUUCUAUAAUGGCUGCUACAAGAAGUUGGUCAUUAUUAGUGAAUGUGCAUUAUGCAUGGUUCUGGUUACAUUUAUAACUAAAAAGGUCAUUGUCAUAGACCGACUUGAAAGCCAGAAAAAAAAUCAGGUUAAACUAUUUUGAUAAAAAAGUAUAAAAUGAUUAAUGGGUCUUAUGGUUGUGGAAGGCUUUUAUUUAGCCUAGUCCUGAAUUCAUUAGAUUAUAGCUGACUGUUUGAAAUGCUGUUUAUUUUACCUUUAAUUGUACCAAAAAAAAGCUUAGUUAGAGUAAACUUUUUUUUCUUUUUUAUUGAGAUAUAUAUUGUGAAUGGCCAUAAAUUUGAAAAAGUCCAGAUCAGAUUUUUCGGGGAGAUGUGGCCAAGCUCUACGUUAGUGUAGCAGUACAACAGUAGACACACUGGCCUUCAUGUAUAUUCUGACAACCAGUGGUUUUCCACGUCUCACCGUUGUCUUUAUUUCUAGCCCCUGCUCGCUCUGUUUUUCAGACACUUCAGGUUUGUUCAACUUGCUGUGUUCUCUCUGUGUUUUGCCUCUUAUCCUGUAAAGCUAACAGACUUUACUUUGUAUAUGCGUUCAAGACUGUGUGUGUUGUCAAGUGGCUGUCAGAUGUGUGUGUGUGUGUAUAUAUAUAUAUAUGAAUAUUUAAAGGUCUGCUGUGUCUUUUUUACUCUGCCGUGUUGGGACUUGGGAGUGUGUUUUAGUUAGUGUAGACGUCUCAUAGUUAGUUACCCCUAUUAGUGCUGUCUGUCCCUGACUGAUAUCUCAGUUGGCCUAUAGGGUCGGGGAUGGGUCAGCAGGGGGGCGGGCUUUGCACAACCCUUUUAUUGCUGUAUGUCAAAUGAAAAGCCAACUAAAUAAAAGGAAGGGCAAUCAGAUCCCUGGCUUUUAGGUUAGUCACAACGAUGUUGACCAAUCAGAAGUCUGAACUGACCGAACACCACUAUGAUCCUCUAGUCCCACUGCUACGUGUGGGCGUGUGGGCGUUCGUGGGUGUGGGCGUUCAUGCUUGUGGCUGUUCCUGCGUGGGUGUGUUCCUGUGUGUGUGUUCCUGCGUGUGUGUGUAUGUGUGUGUGGGCGUUCAUUUGUGUGUCUUAGUUUGCAAAGUAAGGGGAUGUUGCCAUGUUGUAAAACUGUGGCUACCUGCAGCAUACAUCUAUUUUUUUCUGUGUGAGAGUUCAAAUCUCCCUCGGGGUGUCCUGCAAAGUUUUGUUGCUGUUGGAGAUGUCUCAGAGAGCAGCUCAUUGGGAUGACUGACUGAGGGUGAGACAGGACUGGUGUCUGGUGUCUAUAGAUACUAAAGAGAUCUGUGUUGUCAAUACCUAACCCCAGACAGACAGACAGACAGACAGACAGACAGACAACCCCACUGGCAGACAGACAACCCCACUGACAGACAGACAGACAACCCCACAGACAACCCCACUGACAGACAGACAGACAACCCCACAGACAACCCCACUGACAGACAGACAGACAGACAACCCCACAGACAGACAGACAGACAGACAACCCCACAGACAGACAGACAGACAGACAGACAGACAACCCCACAGACAGACAGACAGACAACCCCACAGACAACCCCACAGACAGACAGACAGACAGACAACCCCACAGACAACCCCACAGACAACCCCACAGACAGACAGACAGACAGACAACCCCACAGACAACCCCACAGACAGACAGACAGACAGACAGACAACCCCACAGACAGACAGACAGACAACCCCACAGACAGACAGACAGACAACCCCACAGACAACCCCACAGACAGACAACCCCACAGACAGACAGACAGACAGACAACCCCACAGACAGACAGACAGACAACCCCACAGACAACCCCACAGACAGACAGACAGACAACCCCACAGACAGACAGACAGACAGACAGACAACUCCACUGACAGAGAGACAGACAACUCCACUGACAGAGAGACAGACAACCCCACUGACAGAGAGACAGACAACCCCACUGACAGAAAGACAGACAACCCCACUGACAGAAAGACAGACAACCCCACUGACAGAAAGACAGACAACCCCACAGACAGACAGACAGACCGUGGCUAGCGAUUUCUGUAAUGUUGUUCAAUCUUCCUCAAUGCUACUAGAAAUCGACCUCUGUAACAGGCAGUGAUAAUUAUUCAUAUCAACAGCUUUCCACACUGUAAAGUUACCCUGGAUCAUAUCAGUGUGACUGGCUUGUUAUGGCCUUUGCAUAGUAUUCAUGUAACCUAACCACUGACGGACCACAGACAAUGUUCAUGAGGAGGAACAUAGUGCAUAUAAUGUUUAGAGGUUCGGCCCUGGUCAAAAGUAGUGCACUAUAUAGGAAAUAGGGUGCCUUUUGGGACGUUUCCAAAAUCACCUGCGGUGUGAAUAGUGGUAUCCUCUAGUGAAGGAGGAUAGAGGGUAGGUAAUGUGAGGUGUAGGCCCUAAGUCCUCGCAGAGAAAAGCUGUCAUUUGUCACUGGGACAGAUCGGCCAAGCUUAGCGUUGGGAUUUAACAACUCUGCUGUAGCCAAUCAAUCAACCCCAGACUGAGAGAGCAUCUCCUCAUUGGCCAAAUAUGUCAGGUGACUCAAAUUGUCAUCCUCCAUUUGUGUCUGUGUGUUGAGUGUUAUUUUAUAUCAGCCAGAGACAUGAUUUGAAAGACAGGUCUCUGUGGCAUUCCCCAUUUGAUACUAAAUGAAUGUUGUUCACUUGGCCCCUGCACAUCGAAUGACUAUAGUCCCAAAACGGAUCUGAAGUUCUGAUUUGAUAUGGGUCAUCCCUGUAAGAAUAGUUUCUACAGUGUGUAUUGUGUUGUAUGUCAUCUCUUCUGGACUAUACUGGUGGCCCUGUUGUUAUUACUGCUUGGACAGCUGCUACUCUCUCUGACCCAAUCCGAGUGCCAUCCGCCACCGCCCGGCGCCAGCCUGACCAUCCCUGACAUUCACUGUUGUAUCACACAAACAUCGUCUGUAAUGAUGCUGAUCCAGCCAUCUGUCAGAGAGGGAAGUCAAGUGUUAGUUUCCCUGGUGGAGUAAUUCAUCUCUGGCCCUGGGCUGUUGGCUGCUCCCAACACACACACACACACACACACACACACACACACACACACCAUACACAAAGCAAUUUCAGCCAAACAAAACACUACCUACCCCCUAGUCUGGGCCCAUCACCUCCAAUGUUCAGUUAGGCCCCCCAGAGCCCGAAGCCACAGUAGCUCCCCACUGUAGGGGCUGUUCCUCUCUCUCUCUCUCUGUUAACCCUGUGGGUAACCUCCACCCUGGACUUUAACCUCACUACAUCUCUACAGACAGAUCCAUACAGUAUGUGUUUUUAUUGUAGCCACAGUAUGCGUUGUGUGUUAAAGCCCAUAGCGAUGGUAGGGCUGUCUGUGUGCAGAGACCAAUGCCACUGAACUGAGGGAAGAGGAGACUGUUGACUUCAUAUUAUGGACUUGACUCCCCAGUGUUUAGGCAGUAUUUUAAAGACUGUGUGAGAUAGAUCCUGUGUGUGUGUCUGAAGUGUGAAGGAGAGGGGAUCUGUCUGAAAAGGGUGAAGAUAGAUUCUGUGUGUGUGUACAGCGUGUGUCUGAAGUGUGAAGGAGAGGGGAUCUGUCUGAAAAGGGUGAAGAUAGAUUCUGUGUGUGUGUACAGCGUGUGUCUGAAGUGUGAAGGAGAGGGGAUCUGUCUGAAAAGGGUGAAGAUAGAUUCUGUGUGUGUGUACAGCGUGUGUCUGAAGUGUGAAGGAGAGGGGAUUUGUCUGAAAAGGGUGAAGAUAGAUCCUGUGUGUGUGUACAGCGUGUGUCUGAAGUGUGAAGGAGAGGGGAUCUGUCUGAAAAGGGUGAAGAUAGAUUCUGUGUGUGUGUACAGCGUGUGUCUGAAGUGUGAAGGAGAGGGGAUCUGUCUGAAAAGGGUGAAGAUAGAUCCUGUGUGUGUGUACAGCGUGUGUCUGAAGUGUGAAGGAGAGGGGAUCUGUCUGAAAAGGGUGAAGAUAGAUUCUGUGUGUGUGUACAGCGUGUGUCUGAAGUGUGAAGGAGAGGGGAUCUGUCUGAAAAGGGUGAAGAUAGAUUGCUACAGUAAAACCAGUGCAAUAUCUUUUUAUUUUCUAUUGUGGUUAAACGCAUGUUGUUGUUAAUCCUACAUUAUCAUAAUAAUAAAGUUUUUUUAUGUAUA